CCACUCUCCUUUCCGUCACCACAACAUUCCACAGAGAGAGCGAAAGAGAGAAAGACGACGAAACAAGAUGUCUGGGUGGGACGAAGGAGCAGUAUACUACAGCGACCAGCCUCAGUUCCCGGAGGCCGGAGACGCCGCCACCGUCAGCCCUCAUGCCGUCAUGACGAAAUUCAAGGAGUUCAUCAGAACCUUCGAGAUAGGGCAGAACUGUUUCCCCUACAGGGAAGCCCUUCUCGAUAACCCCAAGAGACUCCUCGUCCACCUCGAAGAUCUCCUCUCCUUCGAUUCCGAUCUCCCUUCUCUCAUCCGUUCCGCUCCCGCCGACUUUCUCCCCGUGUUCGAGAAAGCAGCGGGUGAAGUGUUGGCUGGAUUGAGAAUGAGGGAAGCUAAUGAGACGGGGGAAAUGGAGGAGCCUACGCCAAGUGAUGUGCAGAUUCUGCUGACGUCAAGGGAGGAUCCUGUGUCUAUGCGAUUACUUGGGGCACAGUACAUCUCAAAGUUGGUGAAGAUCUCUGGGAUUAGCAUUGCAGCUUCCAGGGUGAAGGCUAAGGCGACUUAUGUGUUUUUAGUAUGCAAGAACUGUAGGAAAACCAGGGAGGUUCCGUGCCGUCCUGGCCUCGGUGGGGCCAUUGUUCCUCGCUCAUGUGAUCAUGUUCCUCAGCCUGGAGAAGAACCUUGUCCUCUUGAUCCGUGGAUGGUGGUUCCUGAUAGGAGCCAGUAUGUUGAUCAGCAGACGUUGAAGCUACAGGAGAACCCGGAGGAUGUUCCUACUGGAGAGCUUCCAAGAAAUAUGCUUCUCUCAGUUGAUAGGCAUCUUGUACAAUUAAUUGUACCUGGAACCAGACUGACUGUGAUGGGUAUCUACAGCAUUUUCCAAGCCUCGUCAUCUUCUAACUCGCAUAAAGGAGCGGUUGCAAUUCGGCAGCCUUACAUCAGAGUUGUUGGAUUGGAAGACACGAAUGAGGCCAGUUCCCGUGGCCCUGCCAACUUCACUCCUGACGAAGAGGAGGAAUUCAAAAAAUUUGCUGCUAGUCAAGAUGUUUACAGCAACAUUUGCACCAAGAUAGCACCUUCUAUCUUUGGUCACGAAGACGUGAAGAAAGCAGUGGCGUGUCUUCUCUUUGGAGGAUCAAGAAAGAGCCUACCAGAUGGAGUGAAACUAAGAGGUGAUAUCAAUGUUUUGCUUCUAGGAGACCCAUCAACUGCAAAAUCACAGUUUCUAAAAUUUGUGGAGAAGACGGCUCCCAUUGCGGUUUACACAUCUGGAAAGGGUUCAUCAGCUGCUGGACUCACUGCUUCUGUGAUUCGAGAUAGCAGCACACGUGAGUUCUAUCUUGAAGGUGGUGCUAUGGUUUUGGCUGAUGGAGGCGUUGUGUGUAUUGAUGAAUUUGACAAGAUGAGACCGGAAGAUAGAGUUGCUAUUCAUGAAGCGAUGGAGCAGCAAACCAUCUCCAUUGCAAAAGCUGGAAUAACAACUGUCCUAAACUCUAGAACCUCGGUUCUUGCAGCUGCUAACCCUCCCUCUGGUCGAUAUGAUGAUCUUAAGACUGCACAGGACAACAUUGACUUGCAGACGACAAUUCUUUCUAGAUUUGAUCUUAUCUUCAUUGUCAAGGACAUCAGAAAGUAUUCCCAAGACAAGGAAAUAGCCAGCCAUAUUAUAAGGGUUCAUGCAUCUGCAGACAAAGUUACAGAUGAAAACACAGAUUCUAAGGAAGAUAAUUGGCUCAAGAGAUAUAUACAAUACUGUCGAUCAAGAUGUCAUCCCCGUCUCACAGAAGCCGCAGCUAUGAAGCUGCAGCAGCAAUAUGUCAAGAUCAGAGAGGAUAUGAAGAGACGUGCACAUGAAACAGGAGAGGCUGCCCCAAUACCUAUCACAGUCAGACAACUCGAAGCUAUUGUCAGACUGAGUGAGUCGCUUGCAAAAAUGAGACUGUCACACGAUGCCACAGAAGAUGAUGUAGGCAAAGCUUUUAAGCUUUUCGAUACCUCAACAAUGGAUGCAGCAAGGUCAGGGAUAAAUCAACAGAUUAACAUAACGAGCGAGAUGGCCAACGAGAUAAAGCAAGCGGAAACACAGAUCAAGAGAAGAAUGGGGAUUGGAGCAAGGUUAUCAGAGAGAAGACUUAUCGAGGAUUUAGCUAGAAUGGGAAUGAACGAUUCAAUGGUGAGGAGGGCUCUGUUGAUAAUGCAUCAGAGAGGUGAAGUUGAGUACCAGCGAGAGAGACGUUCCAUUGUCCGCAAAGCUUGAUCUUCUUCGCUCACUAUCUCUCUUCUUUAGUCUCUCAGGAUCUUCAAAAAGACAAUAUUCAGUAUUAUUAAGUUAAUUUGGAGGAACAGAAACUUACGUCAUGUGUAUUUGAUGAAGAUCCUUUAGUAAACUUUUAUGCCCUCUUGAAACUAAUAUUUUCUUCACCAAUGUUUUCUUGUGUUGCC